UCACCACCUCACCACCACCUCCUCACCUCACCACCUCCUCACCACCUCCUCACCUCACCUCCUCCUCCUGACCCCCGCCACUCCGCGCUGCUACCCGCGUACCCUCCCCCGCGUCUAUGAAGACGCCGCGGUUCCCGCUCCCUCGCUCCAACCUCAUCAGCCUCGGCGGAGGGGUCCGACGUUUCACCACCACCACCACCUCCUCCACCUCGACAGCGGUGACAUCAACAUCGACCCUGCGGCGUCUUAAGAUGGAGAUCUCCAAGCUCGGAGGUGGACAGCAGUCUCCCGGCGAGACAGGCUCCCUCGCCUCGUCCGAUGACGGAGCUGGUCUCACAAACCUCAUCGUGAACUACCUCCCUCAGAGCAUGAGUCAGGAAGAUCUGCAUCACCUGUUCAGCAGCGUGGGUCACGUGGACACGUGCAAACUCAUCAGAGACAAGCUCACCGGGAUGAGUCUGGGCUACGGUUUUGUGAACUUCUCGGAUCCCCGUGAGGCUGAGAAAGCCAUCGGCACUCUCAACGGACUACGACUCCAGUCCAAGACAAUCAAGGUGUCCUACGCACGUCCCAGCUCGGAGGAGUUGAAGGACACCAAUUUGUACGUCACCGGCCUGCCCAAGGCGAUGACUCAGAAGGAGCUGGAGAUUUUGUUUGGCCGGUACGGCCACAUCAUCACCUCACGGAUUCUGGUGGAUCAGAUCACAGGCAUCUCGAGAGGCGUGGCGUUUAUUCGCUUUGACAAGAAGACUGAGGCAGAGGAAGCGAUUCGCCUGUUGAACGGACACAAGCCUAGCGGAGCUACGGAGCCAAUCAGCGUCAAGGUGGCAAGCGCUCCGAAUAAAAAGGCAUCGCCAACGCUGCUCACACAGAUCAACCAAGCGGCUCACAGGCGCUAUGGAGGGCCCCUGUACCACCAGGCACAACGAUUCCGCUACUCGCCUCUCGGCGACUCGAUGGGCGGCCCCGGCUCCUCCCACCACCACCACCACCACCACCACCCCGCUCCUCACCACCACCACCACCCCGCUCCUCACCACCACCACCACCACCCCCAAGCCGCCUCUACCGCCUCAGCCGCCGCUCACCACUCGGUCGCUCACCUCGGAGGAGGAGGAGGAGUGGGAGGAGUGGGAGGAGGAGUGGGAGGGAUCACCGGUCCUCACCACUCGUCCAACGCUCACCACCACCACCACCACCACCCAAACGCGGGCGCCUCCGCUCCUCACCACUCGGCCUCCGCUCCUCACCACUCGGCCUCCGCUCCUCACCACCACCACGGAGGCGGCGGAGGCGGUGGAGGAGGAGGCGGUGGAGGCGGUGGUGGAGGGGGAGGCGGUGGAGGAUUCUGCCUCUUUGUUUACAACCUCGGACCGGAGGCCGACGAGAGGGUGCUGUGGCAGAUGUUUGGGCCCUUCGGUGCAGUGUCCAGCGUCAAGGUGAUCCGUGACUUUGCAAGUAACAAGUGCAAGGGCUUUGGCUUUGUCACGAUGGGCAACUAUGACGAGGCGCUGAUGGCCAUCGAGUCGCUGAACGGUACGCAGCUGGGCGAGCGUGUCCUACAAGUCUCCUUCAAGACGGGCAAGGCUCACAAACCCUGAGGAGGUGGACGAGGAGGAGGAGGACGAGGAGGAGGAGGUGGAGGAGGAGGAGG